AUGGGGGCCCCCCGAAGGGGGGCCUCCCAAAGCAGCCUUUUAAGGGGCCCUCUCAAGAGGGCCCCCCAUGGGGGCCCCUCCAGGGGCCUCCAAAGGGGGCCCCUUCUAAAGGCUGUAGCCCAAAAGCCUCUCAAAGUCCCUGCUGCGGUGCCCUGCAGCAGCAGCAGCAGCAGCAGCAGCAGCAGUGGUUGUUUUGCGGGCGCACGAGCAGCAGCAGCAGCAGCAGCAGCAGCAGGAGCAGCAGCAGCAGUGGUUGUUUUGCGGGCGCACGAGCAGCAGCAGCAGCAGCAGCAGCAGGCGCAGCAGCAGCAGCAGCAUGUGCAGCAGCAGCAGCUGCUGCUCUGCAAAGAAACAGACGUUAACCAUGGCAGUAGCAGCAGCAGCAGCGACAACAAGACAAAAGCAGCAGCAGCAGCAGCAGCAGCGACAACAAGACAUAAACAGCAGCAGCAGCAGCAGCAGCGACAACAAGACAAAAGCAGCAGCAGCAGCAGCAGCAGCAGGAUCCUGCUUGGCUGCUGCUGCAACGAAAAAGCAGCAAAAACGCAGCAGCAGCGGCCUCGCCAGCAGCAGCAGCAGCAGCAGCAACAGACAGCCAGCAGCAGCGCGCAGCAGCAGCAGCUGUCGAGGUACAAACAGGUAAAGCACGUGCAGAAGAAGCAGCAGCAGCAACAGGUGCACCGGCAGCAGCAGCAGCAGUUGCAGCAGCAGCAGCAGACGGUGCCAGAGCAACAGCAGCUGCAGCAGCAGCUGCUGCAGCACCGGCGGCCGCGGCAGCAGCUCCAGCAACAGCAGCCGCAGCCACAGCAGCAACAGCAGACGCAGCAGCAGGUGGGGCGUCUGGCGCAGCAGCACCAACCACAGCAGCAGCAACAGCAGCAGCAGCAGCAGCAGCAGCAGCAGCAGCAGGACCUGCAGCAAAAAGGCUUUUUUUGUUUCUAA